CACACACACACACACACACACACACACGCACACACACACAUGCACACAGGCUCAGCUGUUUGUCUCACAUGAGGGUUCAGCCCGUGAAGCAGACAUAGAUCUAGGAAAUGGCAUAGACUGACAGAUUCAAGCCUCUGAGGGAGAAAUUGCAGAGAAGAUGGAUGGAGGGAAGAAUCCACGUUGUGUCUGCCAUGAGUGUGAGAUGGUAAGACUCUAAAAUGGACAUAAUAGUUUCUGAGAUACUUUGUUUGUCCUGUUGUCAGAACUGCAUAUAGAAGCCAGAUCCUAUGGGAGAAGAUAAAAUAAGACCCAUCAGCACAGCAUUGUGAUUGAUUUGACUUGAAGUGUGUCAUAAGUGUACUUAGUGAGUGAAAUACAUAAUAUGAAUCAUGCAAAGGUGUCUCUGGAAUACAUCUUUUCCUGAUGCUAAUUCAAUAUAACGGUUUCUUGUUUUCUCUUCUGCUUCCGUUUGGUCAGUAUAUGAUGUAUUAUCAAUAAGACUGCUGUGUCUUAGAGUUUUUCCUCUUGCAUUUAAAAUGCCGACUGGAGGCUCCCAGGACACCAAUUCUCUCCACAGCCAAGAAAAUGACUAACUUAAAUGACUGGCAGGGAUAAGGCUGUCUACUUCGAAAACUUGCUGUGUCAAAGGAAAAAAGGAGAACGACACAGUGGCUCUGAGAAAAACGGGUUAGACUAGAGAAAUGAACAUUUUGGUGUCGUAUUGAUCCGCCAGUGCUUGACUUAUGCAUUUUGCACGAGAUCUAAACGCCACUUAUGGUAUAAUACAACACUCUAGGUCAAGGCUUACUGUUCAAUAAGAUUUCAGGGUCAAGCAGAGCUGCUUUUCGAUUGUGAGGCUGGCUCAAUGCUGAGAACACACACGUUUAAAUCCCAAUAAGGGGACUUGAACCUUCAAGUAUUUUCUGUGUAUCCAUUUCUUUUUUUUACGUGCAGCUGGAGUUAUUUUAAGGCUUCUGCAGUAGAUCAUACAAAUCUCUCCUCUCCUGUUCUCUCCAGGGUUUAAGAUCUAAUUUUCAUCAUGGCGGCAGAAAGCCCAGAGACAGAUGGUCCCAGAUCCUUCAUGCCUGCUGAGCUCCACCAUCCCCAUUCUAAGUAUUCUCAGUGGAAGUUUAAGCUGUUUAGAGUGAAGUCCAUGGAGAAGGCACCUCUGCCCAGCGAGACACCGCCUGAGAUAGGAGUCUCAUUAGGGAUCUCACCUCCUGGAGCUCCAAAUAUAGAGACAGAUCAUGGUGCAGGUCCAGCCAGUGUUAUGAAAUUAUGCCUGGGGGGAAAAAGCAAGGAAAACGUGGAAGGCCCUGGCAGAAGAGUGGAUAUAAAGCUGCAGGAAAUGGAAACUCACAUGAACCAUCUCAGAUGCUUGUGCCGUAUUUGUGGAGAAACGCUGGCAAAAGUCCAAGGACCCAUUCACGAGGUUCAUGGAAAUCUCGAUCAGGGAAGCAAAUGCAUUCUUCGUAAAAUGGGCUGCAAGUUAACAACCUGGCCAGAGGUCCUCCUAAAAGUCUUCAAAGUGGAUGUGACCGAAGACUCGGAGUCCAUCCACCCUCUCUCCUUCUGUCAUCGAUGCUGGGUGGUCGUCAAACGAGGGGGAGGCGUCUGCAACUUCACCAGAACCAAGGUUCCAGAAUGGAAGCCCCAUUCCUCCCACUGCCACCUUUGCUCCCCCAGGAAGUCUUCGUUCCAAAGGACAGGGAGGAAGAGGAGGAAAGUCAUUCCUAGAGUCCAGAGUCUGGCAAAAAGCAGCCGGGAGGACCAGGGUGACAGCAUUGCUAUUAGUGAGAAAAGAGCCCUGAGACCCUUCGGAGAGCGUCACAGUCCUGUGCUGAGAGCCUGGAACAAAACCAGCAUCCAGAGAGAGCAGUGGGUGAAGAACAUCACACACUGCCAGAACGACCACCUGAGCAUCAAGCUGAUUUCUGAGAAGCUCCCUGUAGACUUCCUCCUUUCCUUCAUCUGCCUGGUGUGUGACCACCUGCUCUCUGAUCCACUCCAAUCCCCCUGUGGGCACCUCUUCUGCCGCAGCUGCAUCAUAAAAUUCACCCACGUCCUGGGACCCCACUGCCCUGCGUGCAGCCUUUCCUGUACCCCUGAUGAUCUCAUCCCCCCUGCCAAAGCCUUCGUAUCGGCCCUGCUUUCUCUGCCUCUGCUGUGCCCCUGUGAAGGUUGCGGCGAGCGCGUGCAGCUGGGCUCACUCAAGACCCACCGUUUGAGACAUGAGCUGGGCAAAAAUGAAAAACAGCACUCAACAGAAACUGAAAACUACUUGUUAACUAAUAAAGGGGGAAGACCCCGGCAGCACUUGCUGUCGUUGACCCGUCGGGCCCAGAAGCAUCGGCUCAAAGAGCUGAAGACCCAGGUGAGGGUAUUUGCAGACAAAGAAGAAGGCGGCGACCUGAAGUCUGUGUGUUUGACGCUUUUUCUGCUCGCUCUGAGAUCUGGAAAUGAGCAUCGGCAGGCAGAUGAGCUGGAAGCCCUGAUGCAAGGAAGAGGCUUUGGAUUAAGUCCUGCUGUGUGCUUGGCCAUUCGGGUCAAUACUUUCCUGAGCUGCAGCCAGUAUCAUAAGAUGUACCGCACUGUCAAAGCCUCGAGUGGCCGCCAGAUCUUUCAGCCCUUGCACACCCUCAGAGCUGCAGAAAAGGAGCUUCUUCCUGGCUUUCACCAGUUUGAAUGGCAGCCAGCUCUCAAGAACGUGUCUGCAGCUUGCAGUGUUGGCAUUAUUAAUGGGCUUUCUGGAUGGGCUUCUUCCGUGGAUGACUCCCCAGCUGACACCAUCUCUCGACGCUUUCGCUAUGACGUGGCACUGGUUGCAGCAUUAAAGGAUCUGGAGGAGGACAUCAUGGAGGGUCUGAGCGAGACCGGGAUGGAAGACAGUGCUUGCACCUUGGGCUUUAAUGUCAUGAUCAAGGAAUAUUGUGAUGGGAUGGGGGAUGUCAGUGAAAAACAUGGAGGAGGACCAGCUGUUCCAGAAAAGGCUGUUCGCUUCUCUUUCACUGUUAUGUCUGUAUCUGCCCUGGCUGAAGGUGAGGGUGAGGAGGUUACAAUUUUCACUGAACCCAAACCAAACUCUGAACUGUCCUGCAAACCUCUUUGCCUCAUGUUUGUAGAUGAGUCAGACCAUGAAAUGCUCACAGCUGUCCUGGGGCCUAUAGUUGCAGAGCGUAAAGCGAUGAAGGAAAGCAGGCUGAUUCUGUCGAUGGGUGGCAUGCAGCGAUCCUUUCGCUUCCAUUUCAGAGGAACAGGGUACGAUGAAAAGAUGGUCCGGGAGAUGGAGGGACUGGAGGCUUCGGGGUCCACGUAUGUCUGCACUCUGUGUGACUCCAGUCGAGCAGAGGCCGCUCAAAACAUGGUGCUACACUCCAUCACCCGCAGUCACGAGGAGAACUUGGAACGUUAUGAAAUAUGGAGAACCAAUCCCUUCUCUGAAUCUGUAGAAGAGCUGCGAGACAGAGUCAAAGGAGUUUCCGCAAAGCCCUUCAUGGAGACCCAACCCACUCUUGAUGCAUUACACUGCGACAUAGGCAACGCAACAGAAUUCUACAAGAUCUUCCAAGACGAGAUCGGAGAAGUGUACAAAAAGGUCAAUCCCAGCAGAGAGGAACGGCGCAGCUGGAGGGCAGCCCUAGAUAAACAGCUGAGGAAGACGAUGAAGCUUAAACCAGUAAUGAGGAUGAACGGGAACUAUGCCCGCAGGUUAAUGACCAUGGAGUCUGUGGAGGUGGUGUGUGAGCUGGUGCCCUCAGAGGAGAGGAGAGAGGCCCUGAGGGAGCUCAUGAGGCUCUACCUCCAGAUGAAGCCUGUGUGGCGUGCCACCUGCCCAGCAAAGGAGUGCCCAGACCAGCUGUGCCGAUACAGCUUUAACUCCCAGCGCUUUGCUGACCUCCUCUCCUCUACCUUCAAAUACAGGUACAAUGGAAAGAUAACAAACUACCUGCACAAGACCCUUGCUCAUGUACCUGAAAUCGUAGAAAGAGACGGUUCCAUCGGAGCCUGGGCCAGCGAAGGCAACGAGUCGGCAAACAAAUUGUUCAGACGCUUCAGGAAGAUGAAUGCGCGUCAGUCAAAGGCGUACGAGCUGGAGGAUGUGCUGAAACAUCACUGGCUUUACACUUCCAAGUUCUUGCAGAAGUUCAUGGAGGCUCACAAAGACUCUGCCAAAGCCUUCCAGGCAACCAUCGACCCAGAGGAGAUACAAGAUCCAGAGGGUACAUCCCUGGAAGCAACAGAUUUUUGAUUUCAUACAAUUUCUUACUUUGAACAUUUGAUUUAUUUAGAGGUUAAAUAUGCAUUGUACCUCAAUACCUAAAUAUUAAGGUAACUUUAACAUUUUGUGUGAAUUUAAGUGUCUUUUGAAAACGUCUUCAUUGGAUCCAGCAUAUUUCUUGAUUGAUCAACAUUUUGCACUUGAAAGACGCAAAUGUUUGUUAACGUUUCCUUUAUUUCUUCUGUCGAGUUUAACAGUGUUGCUGACUGCUCUGCCCAUUCCUUCACUUCAAACUGGGACAGCACAGAAACUUACUGUAAAAGUAAUACAAGUUUCCUUUUCCUUCCUCCUCUUUUUUAAAUCAUUGCUGUCUGUGAAAUAUGGUGCAUUUUAUUGUAUUGCAAGGAUAUGACACAUUUAUGAAUUUAUACAGAGGGGAUAUUUAUGGAAACAGAUGAAAGAGCUGUAAGUCAUGGAGUGAAAUCGUGUUAAAGAGACCACAUUUGUGGCCACUGUAUUAAUAUAUCAUUUUAGCCGAAGGAAAUGCAAUCACAGGGACCCAAAUGUUCUUUGUUUCAUGAGUGCCCUCUGAAAAAGAUGACUUUAGUGCUUUAUCGCUGGGUCUCUAAGGGCCAGGAUAGAUGCCAGGUCACUUUGAAACCAUUUUUUUGUCUCUUUAAUUUUUUUUUCCAAGGUGGAGGAUGGAUGAUGUGUAUUUGAAAUCUUCUCAUAAAGCAAAGCACUUACUGACCUUUUUGUUGAUAUCUGAAGAAUAUAGUGUGGUCCAUUAGAGAGCCUAAUACCCUAUGGACUCACACGCAAGGAGGAAUUGUUCCUCACUUCUCUUCAUGACCUGGUUCCUUUCCUCUACUGAUAUUUUUUCACUUCCAAUCUUGACAGAAGAGAGGAAUGGGGUGGAAACCAGAAAGACCUGAUGUAAACUGAUUCGUUGGCAACUUUAUUUGUUUGAUUGAUUGAUUAUAUUGUCUUUUUUUGCCCUCAGCAUUUUGACUUGUGGCAGGCAAUUUUGUUUUCUUACUUGAUUGAAUGUUUGAUUUGGUUUUACUGUCAUGAGUUUAACCAUGAGGCAGCAAUGAAAUAUUCACAUUUCAAUGAAUAUUUGUCAGAGUCCCACAAUAACAUCAUUUUUUAGAGUGCAUCACACUGCAACUUGUCGUAUAUUUUGUUUUUGCCGUAAUGAAUUACGUUUCCAAAGUAAAGGAUGAUGGAUGAUUCCCAGAAUCCCUGUUGUUCAUACAGCGCGGUGUUUUUCUUGUUCUUUGCUCUCACACAUACACUAAAUAUCAGGUGAAGUGUUUACUUAAACUGUGAAAAUGCUUUCUUUGGAAAUACAAAUGAAAUAAUACACUACGUACCAACAUUUUGUGCAGUUUCAUUCUUUGAUGUUACCGCUGCAUUGUCACUCAGAUGCAUUACACUUGAAUAAGUUCCUUUUUUAGAUGACGUGUGUACUUGCCUUGGUCUAAAUGGAUGAAUAAACUUUGAACUUGAUGUUACCAUCUUGUUUGUUUUAUAAUGUGGGAUCAGCUGCAAGAAACCAGGUAGAAAUGUGCCUUUUGGGCAGCACUUAUACCUAAUGUAUGCGCCUCAGGCUGAAAUAUUCAUUCAAAUGGCGGUAGGCUUAAGUAAGUCUUCUUCUUCCCACUCCCUUUUCAGGCACUCAAUAUUAACAUUCAUCAUAAUUCAAAUGUGUACAUAUUUUGGAGGUGGUUUGUUACCUAGGUGGUUAAUGCCAAAUGCCUGAAAUAAAAAAAAAAGAUAAGAUAGAUAGAUAGAUAGAUGGAAAUAAAUAAAUAAAUAAAUAAAUAAAUAAAUAAAUAAAUUCUAGACAAUUAGAAACACAAUUUACAAAAGAUAUUGGACGUCGACUGAUGACAUAAGGUUAUAAAAUUGUCUUAAGGAGGAAACUCCAGGCAGACAAAAGUGACUAAAGUGGUGCAAAUAAAUAAAUAAAUAAAUAAACAAACAAACAAAU